AUGGCCGAAGCUGAUCCACAGCAGCCAGUGCAGUUUUUGCCGCCUCCCAACACCAAUCCGGGUUCGUAUGACGAGUUGCACCGCAAAUGUCGAGACGUCUUUCCGACUUGCUUCGAGGGAGCGAAGGUCAUCGUUCAGAAGGGUCUUUCAUCGCAUUUCCAGGUUUCGCACACGCUCUCCUUGUCUCCUCAACAGACCGGCUACAAAUUCGGCGCAACCUACGUCGGACACAAAAUGUUAGGGCCGCAAGAAGCUUUCCCGAUCAUCCUUGGUGAUACUGAUGUUGCUGGUAAUACUACUGGUACGCUCGUCCACAGCUUUGGCCAGAACUGGCGACUGCGUGUCCAGGGACAAGUUCAGCAAGGCAAGCUGGCUGGUGCUCAAGGCACGCUAGAGCGAAGGGGUCGUUACACAACUGCGGGCGUCACCUUGGCCAACACGGACAUCAUUUCCGAGUCUGGAAUCGUCGUUUGCCAGCUGCUUCGCCGCCUGACCAAGCGCUUCGAUUUGGGAGCCGAGCUCGUGUACCAGUAUGGCAAGACGAUACCGGGUGGUCAAAUCACCGUUCCGUCCUAUUCGGCCCGCUACACAGCCGAUCACUGGACCGCUGGUGCGACCUUUGGGAUGUCGGGUCUGCAUCUGUCGUACCACCACAAGCAAGCCGACAACAUCCAAUUUGGCGUCGAAUUCGAGAGCAACUUGAACGUCCAAGAGGCCGUCACUACCAUCGGCUACCAAGUUGAAAUGCCCGAGGAGGGUGUCACGGUGCGCGCUUCGGUCGACACUAACUGGAGCGUUGCUGGAGUGUUUGAAAAGAGACUUUCACCACAACUUCCCUUCACAUUGGCCGUCUCGGGAAUGCUCAACCACGUCAAAGCUGCCGGAAAGUUUGGAAUCGGGCUCAUUAUCGGA